AUGAGCUGGAAAAAUGCACUUUGCAAUGGUGUUCUGGUGGAGGUUAGAAGGGUGAGACUGUGCUCCUUGGGGCCAGAGAAAGGCAUCUUGCAGCAAUCGAAAUGCAAGCUGACAGAAGCAUGGGUGGGAGUUUUAGCUAUUUUGGAAGCUUGUAAAAACCAUAUGGAGCCACUAAAGCCUGAAGACCUAGAGGGUGAUAUUAAUUCAUGUGAUCAGAAUCUGAACCGAUGCUGUGAAAUAAUAGAAUUGAACUCUGAGAUUCAAGGGCAGCUCUUCACAAUCCUCAAUGAAACAUCUCAAGAAGGCGGGCAUUAUGCAGGUGUGGAAACAAUAAAAACUCGUCUCCUGCCAUGGCUAGGGACUUGUUUUUCCUGUGCUACUUCAGGAAGGCUCUUUGAAACCAACCUGUCUCUCACUCAGGAUUCAAUUGAGAGAGAGAGGCAGCUGAGAGAGCUGGCCAGCAGUCAGACUUUUCAACUGCAAGAGCUGCAGGAAGAACUGACUUCAACUCGUCUACAGCUCAACCACGUGCAACAAGAUCUGGCAAAAACCCAGUUGGCUCUUGAAGACGCAAAGACCAAAUCAGCCACUACUCUUUCGGCAGCAGAAGAUGAAAUUGUUCAGCUAAAAGCAGCUCUGAAGACUUCCCGUGCCCAAGAGAAGGAUGCCCUGAGGAAGUUAGAUCGUCUGAGUGACUAUGAGCAGCAGAUUCAAAUACUGCGGGAUGAGAUUUCUAUCCUGGAUGCCCAAAAGUCUGUUCUCCAGAGCAGGCUUGCACGGAGCCGCUCUCCUUCCCCAAGGCGCAGUGAGAACAAGUCACCUGGUCCACCUUCUCUGAGGAGCUGCUCACCUGGCCGAGCCAGGCGUACAAAUGCUUCGCGUCGCGCCUGCCUGGUAGCUCGCUUUGGUGACAUCUAUGCUCAAGAACGCUUGGAUGCAGAAACCCUUUUGAGGACAUACAUCAGUGACAUGGAGAUGGUGCAGAGGAUAAUAUACAUUGCAGCUGUGGAGUCUUUUCACGCAGCAAAGAUGGCCUACAGGCAGUUCAAAAUACGUGUAAGAGAGACUCUGUCUCUAGGUCACUCGGGGCCUGAGUCACUUGAAGACACUGUCCUGGAUUAUAUAGUUCGCCAUGAGGAUCUGUAUGAUGUUCAAGCCAGUGUCAAUGAAGUAAUUCGCUCCAUGAACAUCAACCCAAAGAUUUCAUUUCCACCAGAAAUUGAUUUCAUAGUGAUCAGCACUUUGAUUCGAGAGUUGUGCCGUGUGGCUUUUUCAAUGCAGACACUCCUUCCGCCUCUUGAUAUUGCCUUUGGUACUGAUGGAGAACUUUUCAGUGAGACCAAGUACCAUCGUAGUUUUGACUCUGAUUUCACAGCUGCCUUGGUGGCCUAUCAUGUAUGGCCUGCUCUGAUGGAAAAUGAUCUUGUAAUUGUGAAGGGAGAGGCAGUCACAAAAAGAGGAGCUCUGUGGUCUCGCAGAAGUAGAAGUAGAGGCAGAAGCCGCAGCCGUAGCGCCAGUCCUCUUCUAUCUCAUCACUUGUCUCGAAGCCGUAGUCCUUCACCAGUGAGAAGCGGAAGCCCAAACAGAGACAGACAUAGAGCACUUGGUGUCAUUUUACCGUUAGCAGAUGAAGGCAUGAACACAAAUGAAGUGGAUGGUGUAUUUCUACCUUUUUAUGGCUUUGAGAAGGCAACGCUCCUGCUUUGUGAAACUACAGUUCUCAAACUCUGCCACCAAGCUGAGCAGAUCAUCCAUUUGGUCACAGCUCACACUGCUGUUCUCACUGCUACCAUCUGUUUGUUACCCGUGAAAGGCUCUGGCACACUCUGCAGCCUGAGACCUGGUCAGCUGCAUGUUUUUAUGGGAGCUCUGUGGGCUGCCACAUCCAUUCUGGCGGGUGCAGAGGACAUGGCUUUCUGCCGGGUGGAUACCAUCGCUCAGCUCCUUCUGCAGUGA